AUGAGGGAACCGCCUCAGCAUCACAUGAAGAUUCGCCAGCGCCGACACGACCCUAGCCACUCGGUGUCGACUGACUCGAGCGUGAUGCCGCAGUUGUCGAGUCCGACGUCCUCGUUAUCGGCACCUUUGCGGCCCCGACGACAAACUCGAGCCGAACAAACCAAUACCCUACAAGAUGGAAGCAGACCGGAAACCUCACCAUGGAGCUCGACAGCUGGGCAAGACUUAGAAGUUCGCUCCUACCCAACCCCACGGCAGUCUCCAGAAACCACUCUCAACUUCCCGGUUCCGGCCAAAGCCACGAGCGCGUCAUCUGCUCCAGGGACAUCCGAUCGCUCAGCUCAGAAUACGGUGAGUCAGUAGUUAGAUCUCAGCUGAGUGCUACUACGACCGUUUCCAACUUGAGGAGCAAAUUGUCCAAUUGCUCCAAUGCUAAGCAAUGUCAGUUUCCAUUCCGUCUGCACAGGAAAACUUGGUUUCUUCUCAGGAACCAGAUAUUCCGGACCAACCCGUCGAGCAAACAGACCCGAGUCAAGCAUGCGAUCGUGCACCUAUUCGCCUGGCCUCUCAUUCCUCUAUUGUCGAUCACGGCUCACCACCAGCCGACAUCCAAGAGGAGGAACCUGAGGACGAACAGCCCUUUGAAUGGCCACCAGAGGUCGACCCAGUCUUGGCGGACUGGUCAUCGUUACCCCCAACCAUGUUUGACGAUCUGUUCUCGCUAGGCUUGUCGACUUCGAGACCGCCCUUGCCUUCUUCUACGGCGGUGACUUCGAAUUCGACUCUGACAGCAGCUCCUAUCAACCGUCGCCCACUCUCGUUCGUCGAUCUCCCGGGCGACUCGGCUUCGAUGAAGCUACACUCGAGCCACGAAGCGGUCCGAGUCUCGGAUGUGGUCCAUCAAAAUGUUGUUACACACCUUGAGUCGGUCCCUCCACGGUCCUCGGCGACCCAUGUACGAACCGCUCCCGCCCCUUCGACUCCCUCACGAGGGCAAGCGCGACCUUCACCCUAUUCGACCCCCUCACGCUCGGCGCCACCGAUGGUGCGAACCAGGCGCCACGCCCCCAGCUCGUCUCAAGGUGGCAGCGAUGCUUCCUCGUCACUCGCCACUUCCAACGAUGGGCUUUCUCUCCGUUCUGGGCCAUCGUCCUUGAGCGACGGUAGCCCGCAGAUGCCAGCGCCUGUCCGGAAGAAGAAAUCGCACUCGCGAAGGAUGUCCGAAGGUCAUGUCCCUCGACCCAAGAACGCCUUCAUUCUCUACCGCGCCCACGUCGUCGCCGAUCCCGGAUUCGUUGCGGCCUUUCGAGGUCAACACAACAACAUAUCCAAAGUCGUUGGAGCCAUGUGGCAAGCGCUGCCAAAGGAACAAACCGCGAUCUGGCACGAGCUCGCCGAGGAGGAGAAGGAGGCGCACGCCAAGCAAUUCCCCAACUACAAGUACAAGCCUGCUCGUCCGUCGCCAAAAAAAUCCAAGUCCGACCCUGCGGCGAUGCCGAUGCCACCUCCACUGAGGACGUCGAAGGGACCCUCGGAUCGGCCGUCGGGUUUGGUGCGCAUGGCCGAAGAAGAUCAAUAUUUGGAGGACAGCUUUGACGACGGGUUCGAGCUUGACUCGAAUCGAUCGUUCCGGUCCAGUGCGUCUUCUCGAAAGUCCGUGGCAGGCUCCGGCGGUAGCCUCAAUGGUCAUCGAAAUACUCCCUCAAAGUCCACCCAUGUACGCGCUGGCUCUGAUCUCAGUGGUCGAUCUACUCGAGCGCCAGGCGAUACGGACCAAGAGGUUCUUGAUCGUGUGAUGCGCAUUGCAGCUCAAGGUCUUCAACAGGAUGCUCCCACUUCAGGGAUCGUUGCACGUAUGGCGGCCGUGGGAAACGCCGCCUCACGUCCUUCCGCUACCUCAAGUCCCUCACCUCAAAACGGCGCAACAUCGAUCGUCUACGAUGGUAGCGGGGACAUUAUUGUGACCCCAACGAAGACCCAGCUCAGUCGAUCGACGAGGUCAAAUGCGUCCGACGUGUCGUCGAACGGAUCGUCACCUUACUCGACUCCUAUCCGCAGACAUACUCGGUUGGCCGGUUUUGGGUCGGGCUCUCCCAAAUCAUCACCUCCAGGCAGUGGUAGUGCCGGUAGACCGGGCAAGUCGGGAAUGUAUGCCUCUUCUUCUCUGGGUCUUGGAUACGGGCGAGCCCCUGGAUCGAACGAGCGUCCACCCAUCCGGCCUCCAUCGUUCGGUCAAGGUAUCCUCGCUUCCACCUCGGACCCAAGCCAACUUCGACCAACAAUAUUCGACACCUCGCUACUCCAAAUGCAAGACCGCAAGGUCUCCAUUGGAUCACGCUGGGGUUGUCGCCACUCCUCUCGACUCCCCAGUCGUGCCGAACGAUUAGCGCAACAACAAGAACUCGAGGGCGAUCUUUCGACCGACGAUCAAUUUGCUACCGUACGAGCCACAACUGGCACUGAGACCGAUGUCCCAUGGUCAGCGGUGUUGAUGACCUUGGAUCCGUCGAAUUGCGUCGAAUCGGCGCCUUCCUCAGAUGAAUCGUUCUUGUCCCCACCGACCUCUUCGUCGCUUUUUGGCUUGGGGCAGGAUCAAGAAGCCCUUUUGCUCGAGUCCCUGAAUCAUACCAGCCAAGCACCCACAAGUACCCUCUCACGAGAUUCUUUCAACGACUUCCUCGUCGAGCAUGGCUUCGAUAGUGGAGCAUCGUUCCAUCUCGGCGAUAUGGAACUGUUCGAGACGCCCGAGUCAGCGUUACCUCCCUUGAGCGGCAGCGAAUGGUUCUCGGACAUCGGAGGGCUGGAUUGCCCUGGUAGUGCGUUCAGCGAGUUUUCGAGUGAGACCGAGUCGACAAGUUUUAGCGGUUUCUGA